GACCUUGAGUUGAAUGAGACAACUAUCACAGAUGCCAGAAUAUACCAUGAACCUUGCCUCCAUGGAUUGAUUCACCACGUCUCCAGAAUUGGUUUGAUCACCAUCUGUGCUGAUCUUCUAGAAGAGGUUGUAUCUGGUGAGCUUUGCAAUUGCAGAGUAAAAGUGGUGUUUGGUCUUCCUUGUUGCCAUGAUCUGCUAAGAGAUUGUAUGUUGCUAUUAUCAGACAUUCCUGAAAGAUGGAUUCUGUCUUCUUCUUUGGGUAAACGUUUGCAGCAACUGGAAUGUGACAUUUCUUUACAGAAAAUUGACGUUAAAAAGCCUGCCCUAUGGGUGAAAUGUAUAAUAAAGCUUGAACAACUGUUUCAUCAGUGUGAAGGGAAUCAACAAGUCCAGAAUCUUAUGGCAAUGGUUGAUGAACUUGUUGACAAUGCUACUCCUGGAAGACCUAAGCACGUCAAAAGGAAAACUGCUCUCCCAAAGGACUUUGUCUGUCACAAGCACAGACAUCUCCUUGUGCAAAAGAACAAAAAUGAUAUCAGAAGUAUUUUGAAAGAAGGACUUAACACUGGAAAAGAGGUGCAGUUUUCUUAUGUGUAA